GCAGCUUGGUUAGUAGCAAUUACAAAAGACAAGUUGUCUUAUCAAUAUAUAACAGAAAAACAAUUCCAAAAUCUGUUAUUGUAUCAAGUUUCAUAUGAACAACAUGUAUCCUGAGCAGGACAAUUAUUAUUUAGUUGCAAAAGUAGGAAACCCUAAAACCAUAGUUCAGUUAUUAAAAGCAAUUAAUUUUAAAGAGAGUGCUACAUGUUUUGGAACUGAAAAUGGUUUAAAACUAACAGUAGAAGAUGCAAAAUGUAUGCAAGCUAGUACUUAUAUACCAUCCCACGUGUUUGAAGAAUUUAAUUUAAAGGAAGAUGUAAUUUUUAGAAUAAAUUUAACUGUAUUGGUGGAGUGCCUUUGCAUGUUUUGGAGUAAUAUAAAUAGUCAAGGAAGUUCUGUGGCUGUACAACUUUUUUAUAAAGGUAAUGGAUAUCCUGUAACUGUACUUAUAGAGGAGGAUGGAGUUAUAACAGAUUGUUCUUUAAAAACUCAGGAUCCUGAUGAGUUGUUAGAUUUUCAUCUUGAACCAGAAAAUGUUUUAAAUAAAGUAGUUCUACAAACUGAAUUAUUAAAGGAUAUUUUAUCAGAGCUAGAUCCAACUAGUGAUUUUAUCGAGCUGCUUUUAUCACCUUCUACACCUUUUUUUCGAAUUAGUACAGCUGGUUUAGCUGGAAUUUGUUAUGUUGAAUUACCACAUGAUGGUGAUUUGAUUGAUAACUUUCAAUGUACUUCAACAGCAUCAUCAAAGUACAGACUUUCACAUAUUAAACCAGCUAUGAAGGCAUUAGUAUAUGCAAAUAAAGUUUCCUUAAGAACUGAUACAUGUGGAUUGUUGUGUUUUCAAUAUAUGGUUAAAACUGAUGAAGGACAUACUUGUUACAUAGAGUUCUAUAUUUCACCAGUGAUAGAUCCUGAUGAAUAG